AUCAUACUGCGCCUACGGCAAACCAUAAGUUUUUGGGCAUUGCCAGUUACAUGGCGACGGGAAUCGCGCAAGAUUUGCUCUGUGUUAAAUGACUUGGAGAGUCAUUAGAUUUCAUUUCUUCUUUCAGAGCUACCGGUGACAAAAUGGGUUUCUUGUUCUCCAGACUCAUCAGGAAUAUCGUCAUCGCAUACGUCUUAUUCAGUGGUGUACAGUAUUUGCUGCGAUGGAAAUCGUACAACAUUUCACCCAAGGAGUUCCGUAAUAUCGCACACAAAGCUCAAGGCGCCGAUAAUGUUGCAUCAGCAGUGAGCCGCUUGACAACCGAUUUGCGUCGUGUGUAUGGACCUGCAAUCGCUGCCGAGACUACAUGGGUCUCUUUAUACCUUGGGAAUUUGCCACUGAAAGCGUUGUUCUUGCACUCAUCACUAACGGAAUUUAUCGUCGUCAUGGGUACACCUUUCCCAACAUCAGGACGAAUCGGAAUGCACUGGAGUAAUAGCACCUGUACAGUUUUGACCGGGUCCGUUACUCGUUUAGCAGAUCUUGGUCAUAUGCCAAACAAGGAGACUUUCAGUGCAGGAGGAAACUUUCGCCACGGACAGUUCGAAUCGUACAUCUAUUCCCUCGGUGCUGAAACCUACGUUGUCUGUUAUGGUCGCGGUGUUACGCCUGUCUCUGGCUUAUGGGCUGCAACUGGUGCCCUUGCGAAUGGCGAACCAUUCACGUUGGCGCGUAUGCUCUAUACAUACGGCCACGAAUCCUUCAACCAGUUAAGUUUGGCGUUGACGCACACGUUUAACUACUAUAAAGCGAAAGCGACCGGCAAGAAGACCGAGCUAUAGCAUGUUGUCCUGAAAAUGUCUAACGCACUUAUUGUUCUCCAAACUAAUACACUACAAUUGGGACAUAUAUUUUUGUGAUAGUGCUACCUGUUGUAUCAAUUGUUCAGUGUAUCUAGGCCGAUGAUUGUUGCAUAAUUCGUUGAGUUGAUUUGUUUUAGAGAAAAGAUUGAAACAAUUGCUCUCAUGUGUUACCAAAUUCUCCCGAUGUGUUUAUGUACGGUGCAUUUUGAGUAGUUGUGAAAUA